AUGAAAUACGACGCAAUUAAGUAUAUACAGUUGCUCGUAAGUCUAUGUAUCCUUGUUGGAAGUUUAACGAAUGAAGUACAAGGAAAUCUUUCUUCUGGUAUAAAAGUCAAAUCGUGCUUAGAACUUUUCUAUACUUCAAACAAAACACUUACAAAUGGGCAUUAUGCUAUCCAUACUGGAUUGUCUCUCACACCGGUAUAUUGCGACUUCCAAUCGGAUCCACCCUAUGUCUGGACGCUAGUUGAAUCUUUCACACGAAAUAGAGGAAUCCAAACAUCUAAGUUGCCUGAAUCUAUCAAUUUUCGCAAACCAUAUUACUAUAAUUAUCCAUAUAAUGAAUGUACCCCUCAAUUUCAAGCUUACCGACUAAGCCAUGCUAGUAUGAAAUCGAUUUAUGACUCACCGAGGACUACCCAUUGGAGAGCGACAUGUAACUUUGAUAAGAAAAAGAAAUAUCCUAUAAGUCAUAGGGAUUAUAUGCGCGUUGAAAACUGCCGAUAUAAUAUUAUGGCUAUUUAUAAUGCUCAACCAGGAUGCUAUAUCGUAGAUUAUGUCAAUGUUCGUGGUUAUACUUGCAAGAUGUGCCAACUACCGAUAUAUGUUUCGCCUAGCUAUCAUGUCACCUUCUUAUCAUCGCGCACUUAUAGUUACUGCCAGAAAUGGAAAUUUCCUUCAGAGUAUGGUUUUAACCCUCCAGAAUCAAAUUUUGGCUAUUUUUCUCAAUAUAGUAUUGAUCAUGAAUGUUCAUCAAGCAAAGAUGCGACUACUAACUAUUGGUUCGGUGGUGUUUAUCAACCCGAGUCUAAAUUAAUCAGUUACAAGUUACUUUAA